AUGACUCGUUUCCACAGGCAGGCGCUCCAGACACCAACGCUAUGUGCUCUCCUCCGAACACUUGGGACCAGCCCAGCCAACCUUUCUGAUGUCAUCGCUGCCCCCCCUCUGGAUGGAGCCCCUAAACAGUACACCCCCAAAAUCACCCAGCUGGUAAAGGACAUCACCAGCCUCACCUUGUUAGAAGUGUCAGACCUCAACGAGCUGCUCAAGGUAUGGAACUGGAACAUGUAGACUGUGUAGAUUUACAUUAGGCCACAUUUACAUUUCAGUCAUUUAGCAGACGCUCCUAUCCAGUGCCACUCAGUCAGUGCCAUAAAUUAUAGCACAUUGGUCUGUAUAUAACACAUAGUACAUAGCCAUAGCACAUUGGUCUAUAUAUAACAUAGUACAUAGCCAUGCAUAUAGCACAUUGGCCUAUAUAUAACACAUAGUACAUAGCCAUAGCACAUUGGUCUAUAUAUAACAUAGUACAUAGCCAUAGCACAUUGCUCUGUAUAUAACACAUAGUACAUAGCCAUGCACAUUGGCCUCUAUAUAACACAUAGUACAUAGCCAUGCACAUUGGUCUGUAUAUAACACAUAGUACAUAGCCAUGCACAUUGGCCUCUAUAUAACACAUAGUACAUAGCCAUGCACAUUGGUCUGUAUAUAACACAUAGUACAUAGCCAUGCACAUUGGCCUCUAUAUAACAUAGUACAUAGCCAUGCACAUUGGUCUGUAUAUAACACAUAGUACAUAGCCAUGCACAUUGGCCUCUAUAUAACAUAGUACAUAGCCAUGCACAUUGGCCUCUAUAUAACAUAGUACAUAGCCAUGCACAUUGGUCUAUAUAUAACAUAGUACAUAGCCAUGCACAUUGGCCUCUAUAAAACAUAGUACAUAGCCAUGCACAUUGGUCUAUAUAUAACGUAGUACAUAGCCAUGCACAUUGGCCUCUAUAUAACAUAGUACAUAGCCAUGCACAUUGGUCUAUAUAUAACAUAGUACAUAGCCAUGCACAUUGGUCUAUAUAUAACGUAGUACAUAGCCAUGCACAUUGGCCUCUAUAUAACAUAGUACAUAGCCAUGCACAUUGGUCUAUAUAUAACAUAGUACAUAGUCAUGCACAUUGGUCUAUAUAUAACAUAGUACAUAGCCAUGCACAUUGGCCUCUAUAUAACACAUAGUACAUAGCCAUGCACAUUGGUCUAUAUAUAACAUAGUACAUAGCCAUGCACAUUGGUCUAUAUAUAACAUAGUACAUAGCCAUGCACAUUGGUCUAUAUAUAACAUAGUACAUAGCCAUGCACAUUGGUCUAUAUAUAACGUAGUACAUAGCCAUGCACAUUGGCCUCUAUAUAACAUAGUACAUAGCCAUGCACAUUGGUCUAUAUAUAACAUAGUACAUAGCCAUGCACAUUGGUCUAUAUAUAACGUAGUACAUAGCCAUGCACAUUGGCCUCUAUAUAACAUAGUACAUAGCCAUGCACAUUGGUCUAUAUAUAACAUAGUACAUAGCCAUGCACAUUGGUCUAUAUAUAACAUAGUACAUAGCCAUGCACAUUGGCCUCUAUAUAACACAUAGUACAUAGCCAUGCACAUUGGUCUAUAUAUAACAUAGUACAUAGCCAUGCACAUUGGUCUAUAUAUAACAUAGUACAUAGCCAUGCACAUUGGUCUAUAUAUAACAUAGUACAUAGCCAUGCACAUUGGUCUAUAUAUAACAUAGUACAUAGCCAUGCACAUUGGUCUAUAUAUAACAUAGUACAUAGCCAUGCACAUUGGUCUAUAUAUAACAUAGUACAUAGCCAUGCACAUUGGUCUAUAUAUAACAUAGUACAUAGCCAUGCACAUUGGCCUCUAUAUAACACAUAGUACAUAGCCAUGCACAUUGGUCUAUAUAUAACAUAGUACAUAGCCAUGCACAUUGGUCUAUAUAUAACAUAGUACAUAGCCAUGCACAUUGGUCUAUAUAUAACAUAGUACAUAGCCAUGCACAUUGGCCUCUAUAUAACACAUAGUACAUAGCCAUGCACAUUGGCCUAUAAAUAACACAUAGUACAUAGCCAUGUAUGAAAAAAUGUAUGCACUCACUAACUGUAAGUCGCUCUGGAUAAGAGCGUCUGCUAAAUGACUAAAAUGUAAAUGUAAUAUAUAACAGAUAGUACAUAGCCAUGCAUAUAGCACAUUGGCCUGUACUUGAGUAUAAUUAGGCAAUCUGACAUCACAUUUUUUUUUCUUUCAUUUAGCAGACGCUCUUAUCCAGAGCGACUUACAGGAGCAAUUAGGGUUAAGUGCCCUGCUCAAGGGCACAUCGGCAGAUUUUUCACGUAGUCGGCUCGGGGAUUCAAAGCAGUGACCUUUCGGUUACUGGCCCAGCGCCCUUAACUGCUAGGCUACCUGUACAAUAGGCUACAACUUCAUUUGUCCAACUGUUACGUCGAAAAUUCGUCCUGCUCUGCUCUCAAACCCCCCCCAACACAAACACGCAUAUUUGAGGGGAACUAGAGGAGACUAAACUUUAGACCACCUUUACUCCACACACAGAAACGCAUACAAAGCUCUCCCUCGCCCUCCAUUUGGCAAAUCUGACCAUAACUCUAUCCUCCAGAUUCCUGCUUACAAGCAAGAAUUCAAAACGGGAAGUACCCAGUGACGCGCUCAAUAAGGAAAUGGUCAGAUGAAGUGGAUGCUAAGCUACAGGACUGUUUCACUAGCCCAGACUGGAAUAUGUUCCGGGAUUCAUCCAAUGGCAUUGAGAAGUUUACUGCAUCAGUCACCGGCUUCAUUAAUAAGUGCAUUGACGAUGUUGUCCCCACAGUGACCGUACGUACAUAUCCCAACCAGAAGCCAUGGAUUACAGGCAACAUCCACACCGAGCUAAAGGCAAAGCGUCAAUACAGGACUAAGAUCGAAUCCUACUACGCCGGCUCUGACGCUCAUCGGAUGUGGCAGGGCUUGCAAACUGUCACAGAUUACAAAGGGAAACCUAGACGCAAGACUACCAGACGAGCUAAGCUUCGAGGUAAGCACCACUGAACCAUGCAUGAGAGCACCAGUGGUUCCGGACGGCUGUGUGAUCACAUUCUCCGUAGCCGAAGUGAGUAAGACCUUCAAACAGGUUAACAUUCACAAGGCCGCAGGGCCAGACGGAUUACCAGUACGCAUACUCCGAGCAUGCGCUGACCAGCUGGCAAGUGUCUUCACUGACAUUUUCAACCUCUCUGACCCAGUAUGUAAUACCUACAUGUUUUAAGCAGACCACCAUAGUCCAUGUGCCCAAGAACGCCAAGGUAACCUGUGUAAAUGAAUAUCGCCCUGUAGCACUCACAUAUGUAGCCAUGAUAUGCUUUGAAAGGCUGGUCAUGGUUCACAACACCAUCAUCCCAGACCCGCUGUAGUGGAGCGGGUCGAGAGCUUCAAGUUCCUCGGCGUCUGCAUCACUAAAGAUCAUGGUCCACAGACACCAACACAGUCGUGAAGAGAGCACGACAACGCCUCUUACCCUUCAGGAGGCUGAAAAGAUUUGGCAUGGACCCUCUACAGCUGCACCAUUGAGAGCAUCCUGACUGGUUGCAUCACCGCCUGGUAUGGCAACUGCUCGGCAUCCGACCGCAAGGCGCUACAGAGGGUUGUGCGUACGGCCCAGUACAUCACUGGGGCCAAGCUUCCUGCCAUCCAGGACCUCUAUACCAGGCAGUGUCAGAGGAAGGCCCCUAAAUUUUACUAUCUGCAUUGACCCUUUUUACACUAACUCUUUUGACUCAUCACAUAUGCUGCUGCUACAGUUUAUUAUGUAUCCAGUUGCCUAGUCACUUUGUUCCUAGUUAUAUGUACAUAUCUACCUCAAUUACCUCAUACCCAUGCACAUUGACUCAGUACAGGUACCCCAUGUAUAAAGCCAAGUUAUCGUUACUGUAAGUCCAUGGAAAAUAAGAGCACCUCCUCCCAACUGCCCACUGCACUGAGGCUAGGAAACACUGUCACCACUGAUAAAUCGAGAAUUUCAACAAGCAUUUUGCUACGGCUGGCCAUGCUUUCCACCUGGCUACCACUACCCCGGCCACCAGCUCUGCACCCUCCGCUGCAACUUACCCAUGCCCCCCCGCUUCUCCUUCACACAAAUUCAGACAGCUGAUGUUCUGAAAGAGCUGAAAAAUCUGGACCCCUACAAAUCAGCUUCCUAUUUCGCAACAAAGCCUCUUUCACUCAUGCUGCCAAACAUGCCCUCGUAAAACUGACUAUCCUACCGAUCCUUGACUUCGGCGAUGUCAUUUACAAAAUAGCAUCCAACACUCUACUCAGCAAAUUGGAUGUCGUCUAUCACAGUGCCAUCCGUUUUGUCACCAAAGCCCCAUAUACUACCCACCAUUGUGACCUGUACGCUCUUGUUGGCUGGCCCUCACUACAUAUUCGUCGCCAAACCCACUGGCUCCAGGUCAUCUAUAAAUCACUGCUAGGCAAAUCCCCGUCUUAUCUUAGCUCACUGGUCACCAUAGCAACACCCACCCGUAGUCUGCGCUCCAGCAGGUAUAUCUCACUGGCCAUCCCCAAAGCCAACACCUCCUUUGGCCGCUAUUCCUUCCAGUUCUCUGCUGCCAAUGACUGGAACGAACUGCAAAAAUCUCUGAAGCUGGAGACUCUUAUCUCCCUCACUAACUUUAAGCGUCAGUUGUCAGAGCAGCUUACCGAUCACUGCACCUGUACACAGCCAUUCUGAAAUUAGCCCACCCAACUACCUCAUCCCCAUAUUGUUAUUUAUUUUGCUAAUUUGCACCCCAGUAUCUCUAUUUGCACGUCAUCUUUUGCACAUCUAUCAUUCCAGUGUUAAUACGAAAUUGAAACUAUUUUGCACUAUGGCCAAUAUUUAUUGCCUUACCUCCAUAACUUACUACAUUUGCACACACUGUAUAUAUAUUUUCUGUUGUAUUUUUGACUUUAUGUUUUGUUUACCCCAUAUGUAACUCUGUGUUGUUGUUUUUAUCGCACUGCUUUGCUUUAUCUUGGCCAGGUCGCAGUUGUAAAUGAGAACUUGUUCUCAACUGGCUUACCUGGUUAAAUAAAGGUGAAAUAAAUAAAUAAAUAUAAAACUCAUUGUGUGUUUAUUAUUACUUUUAUUAUUACUUGUUUUACUUUUCUAUUAUUUCUCUAUUUUCUUUCUCUGUAUUGUUGGGAAGGGCCCGUAAGUAAGCGCUUCACUGUUGGUCUACACCUGUUGUUUACGAAGCAUUUGACGAAUAAAGUGUGAUUUGAUUUGAACACUCAUCUUGCUGAAUGACUUCUCAAUAAAGUAUGUUGAAUUUUUGUCCCAGAAAACCCUGAAUAUCCAGGAUGUUGGGAUGAUGCCAAUGGGAGCCAUGGCUGCAGGAGCAGCACCUGCAGCUCUGGUAAGACGGAUUGUUUCAGUGUGUUUAGGUGUUUUAUUCAAUACGUUAAUAAAGCUUAUUUCUUUACCUGUAUUGGUAAGCCCGCCCUUACAUGAUGCUUCAUGGUUACCCCUUACUCCGCCCUACAUGAUGCCCUAUGGUUACCCCUUACCCUGCCCUUACGUGAUGCCCCAUGGUUACCCCUUACCCCACCCUUACGUGAUGCCCGAUAGUUACCCCUUACCCCGCCCUGACGCGAUGCCCCAUGGUUACCCCUUACCCCGCCCUUACGUGAUGCCCAAUAGUUACCCCUUACCCCGCCCUUACAUGAUGCCCCAUGGUUACCCCUUACCCCGCCCUUACGUGAUGCCCAAUAGUUACCCCUUACCCCGCCCUUACAUGAUGCCCCAUGGUUACCCCUUACCCCGCCCUUACGUGAUGCCCAAUAGUUACCCCUUACCCCGCCCUUACAUGAUGCCCCAUGGUUACCCCUUACCCCGCCCUUACGUGAUGCCCCAUGGUUACCCCUUACCCCACCCUCAUUGGCCUUCUAUCUAA